AUGAGAAUUUUAGGCCCAGAAUUGGUCGAGAAGACUAUAGAGGCUAUAUAUAAAAUUAGAUCAAGAAUUAAGACUGUCCAAGAUCGUCAAAAGAGUUAUGCCGAUAAAAGGAUAAAAGAAUUAACUUUCGAGAUUGGAGAGAAAGUAUUUCUCAAAGUGGCACAGAUAAAGGGAAUACUACGAUUUGGAAAGAAAGGGAAGGUAAGCCCUAGAUUUAUCGAUCCAUUUGAGAUUCUUGAAAAGAUUGGGAAUGUGGCAUAUCGAUUAGCAUUGCUACCCGAUCUUUCAGCAAUGCACAACGUAUUUCACAUUUCUAUGUUGAGAAAGUACAUUUCGGAUCCUAAUCAUUUAGUAAAUGUUCAAUCACUGGAUGUCCAGAGUGAUAUGACGUACGAGGAAGCUCCUGCAGUGAUUCAGGGGAGAAAGGACCAUGUCCUGAGAAAUUGA